AACAAUAUUUAGAGGUACAUACUGGGCGUAUGUGCAAUAUAGAAACGCAUUUUGGCCCGAGAGGAGAAGGUAGAAAGAAACGCAAUCCCAAAACAAUUGCUGGGCACCAUGACAUAAUCAGCCGAAAGAACAAAAAACAACCCAAAAACUAAAAGAACAAUUAAGUGUUUUAAAAAUAAAACAGUAGCAGCGGUCCCAAAACGAAAAAAAAAACAUCAAACAAAACACAAAGAGUGUUAAAUAAAAAAGUGCGCGAUAUUCUUCGGCAGACUUAAUUUGUUUAAACAAAACACGAUGCAAGAUACCAGAGCCAAACUGUUUUAUUGACCCCCCGUCAACGGCGGCGAGUAAAUAAUUCGAAAUAAUAUAAAAUGGGAUAAGAUGAUGAGCCAGUCAUAUGAGCAGCUGUGAAACGUCCAAAAUGCUGAUAGUGAACUUUGCACUUUUCCAUCAAGUUUGCAAUUAGCGGGGCCAAAGAUACUUUUAAUAGAAAUAGCGGAUGGAUAGAGGAGGAUAAUGCAACAGUCACUCACUCGGGUGCACAGAAAGAAAUGGAAAUCAUUUUUUAAUAUUUAAUAUUGAAGGAAUGAUAUUCUAUAUCAUGGAAAUCUUUUCCUGUAAAAAGGGUUUUUUAAUUUAAACGAAAAGCCGAGUAACUAGCAAGCAAGGUUAAAAAGAAAAUACUUUAGUAAAAAUUUUUUAAGGACCGUUUAAAAGUAAUAUGAUAAAUAAAUCAAUUAUUUUUUUUGUGUACUCGGAGGUGAAGGAGAAGAAGACAACGCAGCGGCCAAGCAAAUCAAAACAAAAACUCAAAACUAACAAAUGGAGCACACACGUGUGUGUCCGUUAGUGUGAGUGUGUGCCACAUAGAUACAAACUAUAACUAUACAUCUUUGUAUAUAUAUGUGCGCCACAGAUCGGCGGGGAUUAUUCAUCAGGCUGCCACAUCAUCAUCAUGUUGAUCUCCGCCGUUGCUGCCCUCCAUCCUCUAUCCUCCACUUUCCGCUUAGCUGGCGUUUUCUAUAAUUUUCGAAAGCUAUUUUCGUAAGGCUUGCAUUUAUAUUUAGUUGCCACAACAAACUUAUAGCGAAAAUCCAAGAUACAAACUUGUACAUGGUACAAUUUUUGGCCAGAUGAUGCUAACCAAAAUAAAAGUCAACUGGGGUGGAAAACUUUUCCCCCUUAGGUUUUUCCAACUCGCAUGUGUGUGCGCGUUUUCUUUCGGUACAGUGAAAGCCAAGCCAGAGAUGAAAAAAGAUCGCAAAACUAAUGGAAAACUAAAAGUGAAUUAAAAAUGCAAUCAAGUCGAAUGUGACUAUCAAAGAUCAGAGAUGUAUCUCUUUUGGAUUAAGCGCGUGAUUUCAAUUACCAUGGCUUCACUGUUCCACUGGCACUAGCGUCACACGUACUGUGUACUAGGUAUAACCGCCCGGCAGCGCCAAUUUAUGUGCGUCGUCGUCUAUUUGUUAAAAAUAAAAACAGAUUUCGAACGGAACACAGAAAGACAGGGGCGAAAAGAUGCCCAAUGAACCCCACCGAGAUAUCACACAUCAGCCAAAACGUUCUCUCCAGGGAUAUUCAUAUAUAUUUUCACAUCGCAAUAUAUCUAGGACAAGGUGCAGGUCUUUUGGCUAGAAUCGCAAAGGGGUAAGGGGAUUUCUUCUGGUUUAGGUGAGGCGGCGCCGCGAUCAAUGAGCUCAUUGCUGUUUACGAUUUGUUAUUUGUAUAUGCCCUGUGCUCUAUAUACCAAAACAAAUUGGGGGUGCUAUAUAUGCUAUACGGUUGUACCCUCAUAUACAUAUGUCGGAUGUAUAUGGGCGCCAAAAGGAAAAGUCUUUGGUCGAAUGACGACCGACCAUUGGUACAAUUAGUAAGUCAAGUCGUCGGGCAUUUGCCAAAAUGCCAAUGAGACAUUGACAUUGAGCGUGCGAUCGAUUGUUCCGAUCCGAUCUGAUACGAUCCGAAUAGAACUAAAUACGAACUGAUCAGAUUUUGCGCAGGUUUCCUUUGGGGCCAGCGUUGACAGCCUCGCGAGUCUCGCCCAGCUAGUCGAACCCAACGCAAUUCGAGGGAAUUGCCAGUGCAAUAUUAGAUAAUCGAGUACUUUUUUUCCCCUUGGGAUCCAGAAAGAUAGAAAACUGACAAGGUUCCGGAGAGAUCACCACAUCCCCCAGCCUACGGAAUGUCCAACGAACUCAGUGAACUGAUCGCCCUUGGCUGUCCGGAUCUAACGGCCCAAAAGCCAGCGGGCGGAAGCACCCAGGUGGAGUUGAUCCUCAACACGGAACGUCGCCUGAGCAUAAAGCAGAUGACGGCCACGGAUUUGGCCACCCUACGAGCAGCAGCUGCUGCCGAAGCUGAGGCAAGAUCUCGGUCGCAGGCGGAGGCGGAAGCUCGGGCAAUUGCCCAGGAACAGUUGCGACAGGCCCGCGAGGCCGAGUCGAAGGCCAGAGCACGUGCUGCCCUCGAGGUGCAGGCCCAACUGCAACGAGUUAUGGAGAGUGAGAAACGCAGAAAACAAGAGGAGGAGGAGGCGGAGCAGCGAGUCAGAGAUGAGCAUGCUCAGGAAGAGGAGGAUGAGGAUGAGGAUGAGGAAGAUGACGAGGAAGAAGAGGAAUUGGCCAAAGGCUCCCUUCCAACCAAUUCAGGUCCCAGGGAACGCAUUGCCUCGCUACCCGGCAACAUUGACGAUGCCAUAGAGAUGCAGCUGCUCAGCGUAUCCCAGCCCAAGGCCUCGUCCAGGGAUGAUUCCCCGCCCAAGAAAAGCACCUCCCACCUGGCCGACUCCAUUGAGUUGCUACGGAUGCAGCGAGCUGCUCGAGAUGCCAGAUCUCAAAAGCGCACCCGAGAGCGAUCCAUUUCGCCCGAUCGAAAACAUGAAAGGAGCGCUGCUCCUGAUCGCCUCCAGAGUUCAGCCAGCAUGAGCAGCUUGGACUCGGCCAGCAUCAGUGCCUCGGCUUCAAGGCAGCCCAGUAAGGCAGCCAGUCGACGAGGCAGUACCUCCAGUGCCACCGGGAUGGAAGCACCACCUGUUGCACCAGCUCCUCCACAGGCAACCAAGUUUCCGCUCACCAAGACGGUAUCAGCGCCCAAUGUGAUGAACCGACGGCGGAGCAGCCUCACCUCGAUGUUCCCUGGACCCUCGCCAUUGGUGGCACCUGAACCAUCUCUGCAUACAAAUCCUGACCCAAAGGUUCAAGAACAAUUUGAAGAAGAUCAUCGUCGGAGGAGGAUGGAUGAUGGUUAUCGUGAGAUACCCAGCGGAAAGAUGGUGCACCGCACCAAGACACCUCCCCCGGUGGGCACCAAUCUGGGAGUGAGCCUAAAGCGGGUGACCGCUCCCAGCGGAUCGAUAACCAUAAAGCCGAAGGAGUCGCCCAUGCUGGGAGUCGUUCUCCGUCGAGUGGAGAAAAAAACAGUGCCGCAGAAGAGCAUUCUGGACGAUGAUAAGCCACUGUACCACUUUUCCAUUGUGCGCAGCGACCACAAGGAACAUGUGCCUGCCCAGAAACCGAAACCCAAGCCUGCUCCUCCAGCUGCUAAGCCAAGUCCCGGUGGCAUCCUCACUGGACCUCAAGUUAUCCGAAAUGCGCCCAAGCAACCGAUGCCCGUUAAGCCGCAGCGUCCCAUGCCCGGUGUUCCCAUCACCAUUACCAAGAUCGAGGGCGACAAGAUCAUCAUUAUUAAGAAGAUUAUUGUGCCGAAGAACAGUAAGAUACCGGAGCAGUAUCUGCAGAUGAGUGAAGAUGCCGGCAAGCCAGCAAUUACAGUGCCCGCAGCGGUUUCCUCCUCCGCCCAGUCACCAAACCUAAGAACUAAAGAGGAAUCUCAACCAGCUAUGCAGAAACCGACGCCUCCGCCGGUGAGCAGUGGCCAGCAGUUCUUCCAGGUGGUCUCGCCGCAGUUCGCCUCGGUGCUGUCGUCCAGCAUCCCGGAGAGCAAGUGCGCCGUGCGUUCACCGAUCUCCUCACCACUGGCCAUUCGGAAGAGUCGUCCACCUCUGCUGCCGGCGAGUCCAAAAUCUACGCCACCGCUACCAAGGAAACACCAUCCACUGGCCUACAAUGCAGCCACGGGAACGAUUACCAGUGCCUCGGCAGCGGCAUUGCCCUCCCGUUUAAUGGCCACCAUUGCCUCGAGCCCGGCUUCGAGUAUAUCCCUGUCCUCCUGCAGUUCACCUUCGUCGUCUCCACCACCUCCAGUGCCAUGUCGAGCUCCAAAGAAUGCCAAUAAACCCGGUGCUGCUGUGGCUUCAGCUGCUCCGCCUCCCGCCAACGAAAUCAGUCUGGAUAGGUUACUACAACAGCAACAGGAGCUGGAGGAGAAGUCGGCUGCAGCCAAGAACAGCGCCAAGUUGGAUGCGAAUUUCUACGAUGCCGAGAUCGAAAUGAUGAACAAGUAUCUGAAGAGCCUGCCCGACUACAGCGAGCUGGAUAGAAAGCUGCACCAGGAGUUCCAGGAGUGCGAAGAUCUCUACGACAGGAUCAAGCGCCAGCAGCAGCCGCUCGCCAAGUCCAAUUCGCAGCAGUCGGUGACAAAGACUACACCAGGAGCAGGAGUGCCGGCCAUGUCCUCGGGCUUAUCCAAGUCCUCGUCAAUCAACUUUGCCCAGAAUCCCAGUAGCCGGGGACCUGCUCCACGUAUGGCCUAUCCUUCUAUAUUUUCACAAUCCGGUGGUGAACCCAAGCUGCAGCGCAGUAUUUCCAGUUCGAAUAUGCCACUAAGUACACCGACUCCAAUGCGUCCACUGCCCACCAAGAAUGGAUUGCAAAGUGGCUCCAAUCUGUCUCUUAACAAACAGUUGAUGAACGAAUUCUGGAGCGAGAAUCUUACGAGUUCACAAAAGCGGCAAACACCAAAGCGAACCUUUUGGAACUACGAGAAGAUCUGUGGGGCCCAAUUGGGUGAUGCCGGGCAGCCGUUUAAAGUGGACGCCAAGACGGCCAAGAAACUGGCUAUAUUCGACCCCACGGUGGCGGAGGCGGCGCAGAAGGAGUUACAGCGUCCGCAGCAGUCAUCGCAGGUGCCCCAACAUCAUCCCCACAAGUUGCAGAAGAAUGCCUCGCUGUCUCAUUUGGAUUUGAAGGUGCGCCAGGCGGUGACUAAGGAUGAUCUCUACAAGCUGAUCUGUAACGAGCAAUCUUCUUCGAGUGGAACGAAUUUUGUGAGCAGAGUGCCGGUCAAACAGCAGCUCAAUCCCAGCCAGCAGCAGGUGCUCCCAAAGAGCAUGUCCAUGACCCAUGUGCCGGGUGGUGGUCAACCCAUGGGAGCUCCUCUGCUUCGGACUUCCAGUCGCACUCACAUACCCUGCUAUAUGAAGAAUCUUCCCUCGUUGAGCAGAAGCACCUCGAACUCUGCGAUACUCAUGACGCAACCAAGAAAGGAACCUCCGCCCAAGGAGCCACUUAAGGUGGCUCCACCAGCUGCUGCUCCUCCAUCGACUGUCGGUAAACCCAGUGGUGUUUUGAAGAGCUCCAGCAGUUCCUGCGUUCCAUCGCCACGUUGUGCCGCUGCCUUCUUCCGUCGGCCGCAGGAAAAUAACAAUCCUCAGCAGGUUCAACAUCAACAGCAACUUCAAAAACCCCAACAAGUGGCGCCCAUCGAGGAAGUCGGACCUGGAGAUUCCGCUUCCCUGGAACGCAAAUCGGAGAAGAGUAACAGCACGAUAAGCACGAGCAGCUUUACAGUGACCAACUGUUGCACCACCCACCUGCCGCAGCUCUCAAAGUUUACCUCAUCGUUCCACAUUGCUCCCACCACAGCAACAACCACAGCGGCAACAGGAACAACACCAACUACAACAACAAGCGAUCAGCAGCAGCAGCAACACCAAAGUGGCGCAGCAGGGACUGCCAACUUGGAGGUGCCAACAUCGUCAUCGUCGUCAGCGGCCACAAAGCGUCAGAAAGAUGUUGACAACAAGCUAGAAAAAUGCCUGAACGACAUGCUAAAGUUGAAGACCAGCAACAACAACAGCAGCACUAGUAACAUCAAUAAUAAUGCAAUCAUGUCGCAGUCGCUGACGACGGGCGAGCACAAAGACCCGAAGAGUGCAGUCGAAGGCCCCACGAGCAGCAGUACCAGCAAAUACUCGGGUGAAUCUCAGAUCCCCGUGCCAGUUCAGCUUUACGAUCCGCAGAAGCCGUUGCUGCAACAACAGCAGCAGCAACAAAGGAUUUGCUAUCCCAUAGGCAAAUCCAACUCUACCUCACAGUUGCCCAUGGGUGGCUACCAGCGAUUGCUGCAACAGCAGCAGCAGCAGCAACACCAUCACCAGCAACAAUCACAUCAGGAGCAGCAGCAGCAGUAUCCCCAGCACAAGCGACCCUUCUUGAACUGGAAUAGUUUUGCCUGUUCCGCCAUGAAUGGAGCCAGUGAUCCCUUCAUGCAGCAGCAACACAUGCCUGCCCAUCAGCAGCAGCAGCAGCAGCAGGGGCACCUGCCCCACAAGCUGCAGCAGUCGUACUCCUCCUCGCAUGUGCCAAAGCAGGCGCCCAAAUCGGGACUUGCCAUGUUCCUGCAGAAAAACACCAACAAGGAGAACAAGUUUGGCCAGCCGCUGCAGCAGCAACAGCCGCCUGGCAUGAUGCCCCAGAUGUAUGGCUAUCAGGCGCCGCAGCAGCCUUCAUCCAAGAUUGGCUAUCCCCGCACCACUGGGGCCCCACUGACGCACUCGGCCUCCUUCAGCUCCGCCCAAAGGCCGACGGCCCUGCAGUUCCACCAGCAACAUCAUCAGCAGCAGCAACAGCAGCAGCAGCUACACCCCCAGCAGCAUUCCAGCUUUGGGCUGGGCAUGAUGAGUAGGAAUUACUAUAAUGUGCCCAAGCAGCCAGAGCGCAAGCCGCUGCAGACCUUCGAUCCGUAUGCCUAUCCCAAGCCGAAUCAGAUGCAGCCGGUCAAGUACCAGCAGCAGCAACAGCAGCAACCGCAUCCGCAUACGCAGUUUCUGAAUGCUUCCGCUGGAGGUGGAGGCGGAGGAGGAGGAGGAAAUGGCGGUGCCUCUGGGCUUCAAUACGAUCCAAAUACAAAUACGCAAUUGUUUUACGCGUCGCCGGCGUCAUCGUCAUCGAACAUGCAACCGCAGCAACCGCAACAGCAGCAGCAACAGCAGCAGCAAUCGCAGCUACAACAAAGCAAUUCUGUCAUAUUCAAUCACUCAAGCCAGCAGCUACACCAACCACAUCAACAGCAGCAGCAGAAUGAGAUGUCCAAGUCCGCAUUGGGACUGCAUUUCAUCGAGACAGCAAAGCCCGUCAUUCAAGAUGAUGCUGAUGGUCACUUAAUUUACCACACCGGAGACAUUCUCCAUCACAGAUAUAAGAUCAUGGCCACACUGGGUGAGGGAACUUUUGGACGUGUGGUCAAGGUCAAAGACAUGGAGCGUGAUUACUGCAUGGCCUUGAAGAUUAUUAAGAACGUGGAAAAGUACCGCGAAGCUGCCAAGCUGGAGAUAAAUGCCUUGGAAAAGAUUGCCCAAAAGGAUCCGCAUUGCGAUCAUUUGUGCGUGAAAAUGAUAGACUGGUUUGAUUAUCAUGGACACAUGUGUAUAGUUUUUGAAAUGUUGGGGCUUAGUGUUUUCGAUUUUUUGCGUGAGAACAACUAUGAGCCUUACUCGCUGGACCAAGUGCGCCACAUGGCCUAUCAAUUAUGCUACUCUGUGAAAUUUCUACAUGACAAUCGUUUAACGCACACAGAUCUCAAGCCGGAGAACAUACUCUUCGUCGAUUCAGAUUAUACAUCUCACUAUAAUCAUAAGAUUAACCGCGAGGUGCGCCGCGUCAAGAACACGGACGUCCGUCUGAUCGACUUUGGGUCGGCCACCUUCGACCACGAGCACCACAGCACAAUUGUCUCGACGCGACAUUACCGCGCGCCCGAGGUCAUACUGGAGCUGGGGUGGUCACAGCCGUGUGAUGUUUGGUCCAUUGGGUGCAUCUUGUUCGAACUGUAUCUGGGAAUCACGCUCUUCCAAACGCACGACAAUCGCGAGCAUCUGGCCAUGAUGGAGCGAAUCUUGGGACAAAUACCAUAUCGCAUGGCACGCAAUCAUACUCUUUAUAGCAAAACCAAAACAAAGUACUUCUAUCAUGGUAAGUUGGAUUGGGAUGAGAAGUCCAGUGCGGGUCGCUACGUCCGAGAUCACUGCAAGCCGUUGUUCCUGUGCCAGCUGAGCGACAGCGAGGACCACUGUGAGCUCUUCAGCCUGAUCAAGAAGAUGCUGGAAUACGAGCCCUCGUCCCGCAUCACGUUAGGUGAAGCCCUGCGUCAUCCGUUCUUCGACAGGCUGCCACCGCACCAUCGAGUGGGUGAAGUGAGCAACAAGCAGCCCCUCUCGUCGGGCAGCAGCAGCCGCGAACGAUCGCACAGCCUCUCCAGAUGAGAAUUACAGCGAUUUGGUUAUUGUUGACAGACAGCGCUAAUCAAGCACUCACUCAUGCAAACAUACACUCGAAGCAGUCGUCCAGCAACGUCUUGCACCAGCCUCGUAGAGUAGACCAGCAACUUUACGGCAAACCAAACCUACUUUAAGUGCUAAAGUCUUUUUAUUCUAAAUUUUUUUGAACUUGACUUGUAUAGAUGUUUAUUAUACAAAAAACCAUUGAUCCAUA